UACAAGUCUCAAAGCCAGCUAUGCAGUGACCUCGAUAACAAGCCGCUCAUGAUACCGAGGCUAGUACAAGAGCAAGACGUUUUAAACUGAUAGACACUAAAAACUAGGCUUGAAGCAGUCUGCAAGAGAAGUUUGAAUUAGUGACCUUAAUUAGCUAAGUCAAGUGGUUCCAGCCUCCUCUGGGGCUACUGGUGCAAGUGAGGUGAUUCACAUCACCUGAUCCCGUCAGUCAUUUUGCACAUGCGCACAACGUAUGUCAAGUAUUCAGCUUCUAACCUCCAGUCUCCAGCCAGAAAGAAGCAUUUAUAUUAGUCAUGUCUGAGUCACAUUUGAUCUAUCCUAACUUAGCAGCAUUGAGCAAAUUCGACAGAGACCUCAACUACACUGGCAUUAUCAGUGAAGGCUGGGAUGACCCUCUCAACCUGGUUCCAGUGGUACUGCUAGUGCUCUGCCUCUACUGUGGGCUGCCCUCAGGGUUCCAGUCAAUAUGGGCUCUGUCUAAUGCUGUCAUAUUCCACCCUAUGGACUACAUUGUAGGAGCCCUUGGACGUGGCCCCAACUAUCUGACUGAUGAAUAUGCCAUCAUGGACACUCGGUACUGGCCCUUAGAUGACCCCACUGUCACCUGGAUCUCCAACGUGGAGUUCGUCGUUAUGCUGCCUCUCUGUUUUUUCUGGUACAAAGGCUGUGUGCAGGGGAAGUGGUACCGACAUGUGUGUGGUCUCCUGGUAUCUGGCUUCCAGAUGAUGGGAUGCAUUCUCUACUUGGGCCCUGAGUGGCAAAUGGGGUUCAUUCACCUACCAACACAUGAUUUCAUUUGGCCCCCCACAUUCGAUAGUUACAUCAAGCUCAAGUAUUUCUGGGCCAUCUUUGUGGGCUGUAACCUGGUGUGGCUCAUUGUACCGACAUCUAUCUGUUAUUGCAUCCUCAGAGAAAUGGAGAGAGACUACAAACCACAAAAGCAAAAGAAACAGUGAUUUAACACAGUUGAAUGCUGUAUGUUUUUAUACGUUUUUAUUUUCUAACU